UUGAUCUAUGAAUGUUCACAGCACGACAUGGUUCAACGACUAUUGAACUCUAUGAGUCGACUUCUGGUUGGAUUUUGUCAUUGAACAGUCAAACAUGCAGCCGAAUGCUUGCUCGAUAAAGAAAAUUAAAGACGAUAUGACAGCCACUCCACAGUCAGGGGAAGACUCAGAGGGUCAUCGAAAACGAAAUGGCUUGCCUCCAGAAGUUAUAGAAAUUAUCUGGCCUGCUCUGCAGGUUGGAGGACUUUCCGGUCUGUCUGGAUUGACUCUCGGAGCAUUUGCUGGUGUUAUGCGCUCGAGUCCCCCUGCACUGUUUGCUAUGGCUGCUGGCAUCCAGUGGUUCACUCUGGGCACCACCAUUUGGGCGUCUAGAGGGUUUGUCCUCCACGCAUGGGGAAAAGAAAAAGUUACGCCACGUGAGAAGAUAUCUGCAAGUGCUAUAGCAGGAGCAAUAGGUGGAACAGCUGGAGGUCUUCUUCGGGGGCGAAAGAACGUAAUUCCAGGUGCAACCAUGGUGGCUCUGUUUGGAGCUACAGGACAGUAUUUGUACAAUGUUGCAGAUGCUCGGAAGACUACCCUUGCAGGAAAGCCAGAAAGUGCUAAAAAUUCAUGGCUGGACUCAAAAUGGAGUCCCAUGAAAGUGUUGUCAGACCAGGACUAUGAGAACAUGCUGCGAGAGAAAUUAUUACGUGUCAACGCCGAGAUUGCUCUCGUCGAUGACAACAUUGAAGCGCUAAGAGCUCAAGAGCAGAAGCAGAAGGCGAAAGGGAGGCCAGACGUGGAGAAUCCACGACCGGCCAAAUGAUGAAGCUCGACUACUCUUACCUAUAUAAUACGGAUGUUAUUGUCACAUGUGAAGAUCUCUGCAGUGGCAAAUCAGCAAAGAAUGAAGAACUCGCUUACGUGAGAGAAAUCGGUUAGGCUUCAGGUAGAGAGUAUCUUUUCCAUUAUUGUUCCAAAGUUUCAGUUCUUGCUAUGUCGUUACCGAAAAUCGGAAAGAACAUGAGGCCGAAUGACAACAGGUCCCUUUCACAAUGAAGCGUGCAUAACACAGAACAUCCGCACUCUGAUGGAGAAUCAUCUUUACAGCAUGUCAGAAGAUCUUAGUCUACAUAUCUGCAACAAGGAUCUCUAUUCUUCUAAUUCAGUCUUCCAC